GAUCCUACCACCAGAGGCUGGACAUAUAUAAGUACCAUGAGCUAGAAGACUUCUACAAUUGCACUUAAUCGCAGCUAACACGUUCAGUCAUGAAGGUCUCAGUGGUUUGUUUGCUUCUCUUGGUGGCGGUCGUUUACGUGGCUGCUCGUCCUGACGAGGCCCAAUAUACGAACAAAUUCGACAAUAUCAACGUGGACGAAAUUCUGCAGAGCGAUCGUUUGUUGAAUAAUUACUUCAAGUGUUUGAUGGAGGAAGGAAGAUGCACCGCAGAAGGAAAUGAACUGAAGAAGGUGUUGCCGAACGCUUUGGCCACGGACUGCCAGAAAUGCUCCGAGAAACAAAAGGAAAUAACCAAGAAGGUGAUCAAAUUCUUAGUCAAUAACAAACCGGAAAUGUGGAACAAGCUCGCGGACAAGUAUGAUCCUGAGAGGAAAUACCGAACAAAAUACGAACAGGAGGCGAAGAAGAUCGGCAUCGAAGUUUAAACAACGACGAGGCAAGCGAGAGGAACGCGCACGAUGUUCGAACUCAGGGAUAGCCGGAACGUCUUUUCAGGAAAUUAUUUAGCUCCUCAAUGAACAAUUAGACGAAUGUAACGUUCGAAUGGCAAUUAAUAAGCAGUUGUAGCACUCGUGCGUGCGAAACGAGCGAUAAGUUUCGAUAAAUCGAGUCCCAUCGUGGCAGACAGUGUAAUUUUACUACGAGAAUAAAGUCAGUUUGUAUCAACGAACAC